AUGAGAGUUAAGCUCCUUACCGAGCCAAAAUCACCACGCGUGGAUUUAGUGGCUGUUCACGGUCUCUACGAAUCAUCAUCCGAGACUUGGGCAAACCCGCGAACAACUGAACACUGGCUCCAAGAUCUAUUUCCAUAUGAAGCUUGCCGAACACGAGUUCUGUCGUUUGAAUAUGAUCAGGACCGGCUUACAGUCCCCGGAGGAGGGGGAAGUACAUCAAAUGGCAUUCUCGAUCUCGCCACAAAUCUCAUCGCCGAACUUGACUCGUACAGAAAUCCAUCUGACAGGGCGGAACGACGACCGAUCAUUUUUAUAUGCCAUGGAUUUGAAGUUUCACAUCUUCGAGCUAUUCAUCAAUCAACUUUUGCCAUUCUAUUCAUGGGAACUCCUCAUAAUGGCCUCAAUAAAGAUUCGGUGUUGAACACACUGGUUGGCAGAUAUCCAGGCCCUGGCCAAUUUAUGCUCAACCUUCUUACUGAUUCGGAUACUUUGCAGGAAAUCACAGAUUUGUUUGUUCCAUUGGCCAAACGAUUUUCCAUUUACAACUUCUGGGAGCAAAUGGAAACUUUUGAUGAUCAAACACGAACAGGUUUCUAUGUUGUAGACAGAUUAUCAGCUGCGCCAAGUUGGGAUCAGGUUGAUCAAUGUGGAAUAAUGGUGACUCACUCCGGAAUAGUCAAGUUCAGCACUCAUACCGAUCCUGGGUACAGUGUGGUUUAUGCGACCCUUCGAAAAUAUAUCAAAGCUGCCCCACGAGUUAUAGAACAGAGAUGGGAGCAAGAGUCACAGCUGCGUAUUGCAGAGCAUAAGCAGAAGGUAAAUGAUCUUCUUCAAGGUAUCCCGCCGCCAGCUUCGGCUGUGGCUCUUACAUCCUACGCCAAUGUACACUAUGUAGUGCAUCGCUGUUCCAAUAGUUAUUUUGUUGGUAGAACAGGCCAAGCAUAUCAUGUCCAGAAGAUGUUCGGUAAUAUCACAGAAACCCCUCGCUCCAAACAUAAGAUACUCGUAAUCCAUGGGCUCGGAGGAUCUGGAAAGACCCAAUUUUCUUUAAAAUACAUAGACAAUAAUCGUCACAGGUGUUGGGGCAUUUUCUGGAUUGACUGCAGCAACGAAUCAACCGCCGAGAAAGGGUUUGCUUCCCUUGGGGAAAAUAUGGGUAAAGGGGCCUCGUUUGAAGCGGGUAUGCAUUGGUUGUCGAAUUUAUCAACAUCAUGGCUUCUUGUCCUCGAUAACGCAGAUGAUCCAGAUAUGGAUUUAUCCCGAUUUUUUCCUGCUGGCGGCAACGGUCACAUACUGGUGACAACACGCAACCCCGGCGCAAAGAUCCAUAACACGGUUGGAUACAUCAAGUUUCAAGGGAUGGACCCAGAGGAGGCUAUCACAUUACUUCUCAAGCUAGCUUACCCCGAAAACGAGCCCAAAUUUUCUCCAAUUCCGAAGAAUCGCCAAAUAACUGAGGGCAUUGCCUCCGAAUUGGGUUAUCUAGCACUCGCCCUUACUCAAGCUGGUGCUGCAAUUCGACAAAAUAUAUUCACAUUGGAAAGAUAUUUACAAUACUACCUUGGCCAUCAUGCCAAUAUCAUAUCCACCUGGGAAAUUCCUUUUGAACGGAUAGCAAGCAAGGAUUCUCUUGCUCACAAAGAUGCUGUAGAGUUGAUACAACUUUUUGCGUUCAUGCAUUUCGACUCUAUUCCAGAGCAAUUACUGCAAAGAUCUUCGGAUGGGAUAAAAAGGUCGAAAAGCCCCUCCACUAUUUAUCUAGCGAUUCUCAGGGUCAAAUCAAUGUGGAAUGAAGAUGCCCAAAUUCGACUUCGACUGGCCAUUAAUGUUCUAUGCGACCAUUCAAUCAUUGAGAAUGACCACGAAAGAAAAAUAUGUUCUUUACAUCCUGUUGUCCACCGUUGGGCUAGGGAUCGACUGACAGAUAUGCAGCAGAAAGAGUGGCUGGGAUGUGCAGCGUCAAUCCUCGCACAUUCCAUAUCACCAAACCUCGAGACAUCCGAGAGUGGUUUCAGGAGGCAACUAUUACCUCACAUUAAUUCUUGUAUCAGUGCCUUAAAAGAUGUGUAUGGAUCUCUACCAGACAACAUCGAGAAAGCUGCUGAGUUAGAGAAAUUUGCUCUAGUCUAUGCAGAGAAUGGGUUAUGGAAGCAAGCGAAGCUACUUCAAGAAAAGGUCGUACGUUUCCGGGUCAAGGCACUGGGUAAGCAAAAUCACUGGACUCUCCAGGCGCAGCGACACCUUGCGAAUAUGUACUGGAAUCUAUUUGAAGUACAACAGGCCUUGCAACUCCAGUCACAAAUACUACAGGCCCAGUGGCUGUCACGCCCUUCAAUAUUCUCAUGGAUAAGGCAUCCCUGGGACCCAAUACAUACUUCAUAUUGUGUCGCUCUUGAUGAUUUUAGUCGUACAUUGUGGCUCAGCGGGCAACGGGAAUCAUCAAGACAAAUUGGGAAGCGUGCGGUGUAUGGACUAACGAAACUUCUUGGGGACGAUGAUCCACGAAGCCUGGGCGCUAUGUUUAACCUAGCACGAGCUCAUCUACAUCUUGGUGAUCUUAAGGAAAGCCAAGAGCUACUUGUCCAGGUCCUCAAGAAAAGGAGACACUUCUUCGGGUCCGAACAUCCCGAUACAUUGAUGACGCGGAACGAACUUGCUAUGAGCUUUGUUGCUCGGAAAACACACUUGGUUGCAGCAGACCGCAUAAUAUCCAAUGUCCUAAAGACGCGUACGCAUGUUUUUGGAGAGGAGCAUGCUUACACACUAUGGUCAGUAAACGAUCUAUCCAAAAUCUAUUGUGCGCGCGGUCGCUGGGACGAGGCAGUGAGCAUAUUGCACGACAUCCUCCCCAUUGUUGCACGUACCUUGGGAGAGACAUAUGUCGGGAUGAUAAUGACGAAGUCGAAUCUCGCACGAGCAUACAUUGGGUGCAACAGAUGGAAAGAUGCAAGAGAAUUGAUUCGGCCAUUGCUGAGUGAAAUAUCCUCCAGACAUCCAGAUUGGUUCCAUAUCAACCAAGAAUAUACUUUUAUUCUUAAUCAUCUCGGUGAAAUGGACGAAGCCGAACGCAAUUGUAACGCCGUUCUUGACAAAAUUGUUCAAUACUCUAUAUUUGAGCUGGCUCAUCCGUACACACUAAGCAUUGCAAGACAACUCGAGAAGAUCUACACAAUGCAAGCGCGUCACGAUGACUCUUUAAGGUUAACCCAAAGGUUCCCGUCAUUGGAGAAACCCACAAAGUGA